GUGGGACACUGAGAAUUUAUGCAGACAGUUUAAAACCAAAUAUACCGUACAAGACAAUCCUGCUGUCUACUACAGAUACUGCAGACUUUGCAGUUAUUGAAGCACUGGAAAAAUAUGGUUUGGAGAAAGAAAAUCCCAAGGAUUAUUGUAUUGCUCGUGUCAUGCUGCCUCCUGGUGCUCAGCACUCUGAUGAUAAAGGUGCUAAAGAAAAUAUUCUCGAUGAUGAUGAGUGUCCACUGCAGAUAUUCAGGGAGUGGCCUAGUGAUAAAGGAAUACUAGUCUUUCAGUUGAAAAGGCGGCCUCCUGAUUAUAUCCCAAAGAAAUCCAAGAAAUUAACAGAUGGAAAGCCAUUAAAGGGGAAGGAGAGAGUUGACGGGUCUGGUUAUGGCUCUUGCCUUCCUCCUGAGAAACUACCAUACCUGGUAGAGUUAAGCCCAGGGAGAAGGAAUCACUUUGCCUACUACAACUAUCACGCAUACGAAGAUGGUUCUGACUCCAGAGAUAAGCCAAAGCUCUAUCGUCUACAAUUAAGUGUCACUGAAGUUGGAACUGAAAAAUUUGAUGAAAAUUCCAUUCAGUUGUUUGGUCCAGGAAUUCAGCCUCAUCAUUGUGACCUCACUAACAUGGAUGGAGUUGUUACUGUAACCCCAAGAAGCAUUGAUGCUGAAACGUACGUGGAAGGUCAGCGGAUUUCAGAAACCACCAUGCUGCAGAGUGGAAUGAAGGUUCAGUUUGGGUCAUCUCAUGUGUUUAAGUUUGUGGAUCCCACUCAGGACCAUACUAUUCCUAAAAGACCUGUUGAUGCAAGUCUUAUGGUCAAAGGUCCAAGACACAAAACUGGAGCUGUUCAGGAAACCACAUUUGAUCUGGAGGGAGAUGUUCACAGUGGAACAGCAUUACCAGCAAGCAAGAGCACCAGCAGGCUGGAUGGUGACAGGACUUCAUCAGCAUCCAGCACAGCCGAACGAGGAAUGGUGAAGCCGAUGAUUAGACUAGAACAGCAGCAAGAUUACCGCAGGCAAGAAAGCAGAUCUCAGGAUACCCAUGGACCAGAACUGAUACUGCCUGCCAGUAUUGAAUUCAGGGAAAGCUCUGAAGAUGCCUUCUUAUCAGCCAUUAUCAAUUACACAAACAGCUCGACAGUUCAUUUCAAGCUGUCCCCCACAUACGUGCUGUAUAUGACAUGUCGGUAUGUAUUGUCAAGCCAGUACAGACCUGACAUCACUCCUACUGAGCGUACUCACAAAGUCAUUGCAAUAGUCAACAAGAUGGUGAACAUGAUGGAAGGAGUUAUACAGGAGGUAGACCAGGUUGAUCAGAAACAGAAGAAUAUUGCCGGGGCACUUGCCUUUUGGAUGGCAAACGCAUCUGAGUUACUGAAUUUCAUAAAGCAAGACAGAGAUCUUAGCCGAAUUACUGUGGAUGCACAAGAUGUUCUGGCACACUUGGUUCAAAUGGCAUUCAAGUACCUGGUUCAUUGUCUGCAAUCAGAGCUUAAUAACUACAUGCCAGCAUUCCUUGAUGAUCCAGAGGAAAAUAAUCCUCAGAGGCCUAAAAUAGAUGAUGUGCUGCACACGUUGACUGGAGCUAUGUCCCUGUUGCGACGAUGUAGAGUGAAUGCUGCUCUGACUAUACAGCUCUUCUCCCAGCUGUUUCACUUUAUCAACAUGUGGCUUUUUAACAGAUUAGUUACGGCCCCAGAUUCAGGUUUAUGUUCACAUUAUUGGGGAGCUAUUGUUCGUCAGCAGUUGGGCCACAUUGAAGCCUGGGCAGAAAAACAGGGUUUGGAAUUGGCUGCUGAUUGCCACCUGAGCAGAAUAGUGCAGGCAACCACAUUGCUUACCAUGGAAAAAUAUUCACAUGCAGAUGUUCCAAAUAUUAACAGUACUUGCUUUAAGCUGAAUUCUCUGCAGCUACAAGCUUUGUUGCAGAAUUAUCACUGUGCUCCAGAUGAACCCCUCAUCCCAACAGAAUUGAUAGAGAAUGUAGUAACUGUUGCAGAAAAUACGGCUGAUGAACUUGCUCGCAGUGAUGGCCGAGAGGUCCAACUGGAGGAGGAUCCUGACUUACAGCUACCUUUUCUUUUACCAGAAGAUGGCUAUUCCUGUGAUGUUGUCAGAAAUGUUCCAAGUGGUUUACAAGAAUUUUUAGAUCCUCUCUGUCAGAGGGGUUUUUGUAGAUUAACACCUCAUCCACGGUCACCAGGCACAUGGACAAUAUACUUUGAGGGUGCGGACUAUGAAAGUCACCUGUCACAUGAGAAUGCUGAACUAGCUCAGCCAUUGAGGAAAGAACCUGAAAUUAUCACUGUAACACUAAAAAAACAAAAUGGAAUGGGCCUGAGUAUUGUUGCUGCCAAGGGUGCUGGUCAGGACAAACUUGGAAUAUACGUCAAGUCUGUUGUGAAAGGAGGUGCUGCAGAUGUGGAUGGUCGUCUGGCUGCAGGGGAUCAGCUGCUCAGUGUGGAUGGACGAAGUCUGGUGGGCCUGUCCCAGGAAAGGGCAGCAGAACUUAUGACGAGGACAGGUUCUGUAGUAACACUAGAAGUAGCAAAACAAGGAGCAAUUUACCAUGGUCUGGCAACCCUGCUUAAUCAGCCAUCCCCAAUGAUGCAAAGAGUUUCUGACCGCCGUGGCUCAGGUAAACCCCGGCCCAAGAGUGAAGGUUUUGAGCUGUACAACAACUCCACUCAAAACGGGUCACCUGAGAGCCCUCAGCUGCCAUGGACAGAGUACAGCGAGCCAAAGAAGCUGCCAGGGGAUGACAGGUUAAUGAAGAACAGAGCCGAUCACCGCUCCAGUCCCAACGUGGCCAAUCAGCCUCCAAGCCCCGGGGGAAAGAAUGCUUAUGCAUCUGGAACCACCACCAAAAUAACCUCAGUCUCUACUGGAAAUCUUUGUACAGAGGAACAGACUCUGCCCCCACGACCUGAAGCUUAUCCCAUCCCAACACAGACCUAUACUAGAGAAUAUUUCACAUUUCCAGCUUCAAAAUCCCAGGAUCGAAUGGGUCCAGCUCAGAGUCAGUGGCCAAAUUAUGAAGAAAAACCACAGAUCCAGGCAGAAAGUAAUCAUUCCAUCAAUAGUACAAUGCAGCGUGUGGCUCGUUCCCAGGAAGAACUCAGAGACAAAGUUUUCCAGCCAGAGAGGAAUCGUUUGGAAGUUGUAAUUCGGAAGGAUGUAGAGUACAUCGAUCGGAAAUCAGACACUGAUCAGUGGAUGAAUUCUUCUGUGGAUUCGAGCACAUCUAGCCAAGAACACCUAAACCAUGCAUCCAAACCUGUCUCGCCUGGUUCUUGUUUAAGUAAAAGCGGUCCUGGCCGUUGGAAAACUCCUGCUACUAGCCAGCCAACUCCAGUGGCAAUUUCCCAGCCCAUCAGAACAGAUCUUCCCCCUCCGCCGCCACCUCCUCCGGUGCAUUAUGCAGCUGAAUUUGAUGAACUGCAAAUGGAUUUGCCUCUGCCUCCCCCUCCGCCUCCAAAUCAGAUAGGAGCACAAGCAUCUUCCCAAGUGGCUGCUGCUGAGCGUAAGAAAAGAGAAGAGCAUCAGCGAUGGUAUGAGAAGGAAAAGGCACGUUUGGAAGAGGAAAGAGAAAGGAAACGUCGUGAGCAGGAGAGAAAACUGGGCCAAAUGCGUUCUCAGCCACUAAUUCCUGCUCAGCCUGUGGUUCCCCCCGUUUCCCUUCAACAAGUGAAAUCAGAAAAAACUUCAACUUUGCAGAGGUCUCAAGAAACGGUCAUUCGAGAGUUGCAGCCCCAGCAGCAGCCUCGGACUAUUGAGCGGAGAGAUCUCCAGUACAUCACUAUCAGCAAGGAAGAGCUGUCCUCUAGUGACAGCCUCUCUCCAGAUCCCUGGAAGCGGGACGCGAAGGAGAAACUGGAGAAGCAGCAACAGAUGCACAUUGUGGACAUGCUGAGUAAAGAGAUUCAGGAACUUCAGAACAAGCCUGAUCGUACGGCAGAAGAAAACGACCGCCUCCGCAAGCUCAUGCUGGAGUGGCAGUUCCAAAAGCGACUUCAGGAAUCAAAGCAAAAGGAUGAAGAUGAUGAUGAAGAGGAGGAUGAUGAUGUGGAUACUAUGCUCAUCAUGCAGCGACUGGAGGCAGAAAGAAGAGCAAGGUUGCAGGAUGAAGAGCGCAGACGGCAGCAGCAGCUGGAGGAGAUGCGCAAGCGGGAAGCAGAAGACAGGGCCAGGCAGGAGGAAGAGNGGCGACAGCAAGAGGAGGAGCGGACCCGAAGAGAGGCUGAAGAAAAGAGGCGGCAGGAGGAGGAGUACUACAGUCGCCUGGAGGCCGAAAGGCGCAGGCAGCACGACGAAGCGGAGCGGAGAUUGCUGGAGCCUGACGAGCCUGGUCUGUACAGACCUCCGCUUCCACGGGAAUAUGAACUCCCAUCCCCAACCCCUUCAUCUAACGCUCCUCCUCCCCCACCUCAGCGAAACACCUCUUACCUCAAAACACAGGUCCUCUCCCCUGACACGAUUUAUACUGCCAAGUUUGUUGCAUACAAUGAUGAUGAUGAGGAGGAGGAGGAUUCCAAUCUAGCAGGAAUAAAUUCAUACACUGGAUCUGCAGGAGCAGCUGUUGGAGCCCAUGAAGUUUAUCGGGAUCCAAGAGAGAAAAGAUCUAAAAGUCAAGAUACAGAUUUACCUGGAGCACCAGAAAACUUGACGUUCAGGGAACGCCAGCGACUUUUUUCACAGGGUCAGGAUGUAUCCAAUAAAGUAAAAGCUUCUAGGAAAUUAAUGGAACUGGAAAAUGAGUUGAACACAAAAUAAGAUUAAAGCACCUUAUCAGAUGUAACUGAAGAUCUCUAAAUUGAGGGAUUGAGAUGGGCGGGGCACUACUAAUGAACAGAAAAUGAAUGUUUUCUGAAAGGAGUGACUUUGAUUCCUCUAUAUCUAAGACUGUUAAUUAAGAUUUAGAGAUGUUGCAAUAGCAAGAAAACUGAUUACUUUGCCAGGAGCUUGUGGUCUAUACAAUGAAAGCACUGUAAAAUUUUAAAGAUAUGAAUCAUGUGAAGGUAACUUUCUUUUCCUUUCUGUUUUGGGGGUUAAGUUCUUGUGCACCAGACCAAGUAGCACUUGUCAAAGAUAAGUUCUGUUUCCUGGUGUUUUACAGACACACUUUUGUUUUAGCUGCUGAGCAGAGAGAGUGAGAAUAGCUUGAACUGCCUAAACUAAACUGUGCACUAGAAGUUAGUAUUUUAGGUUAAUAAGAAGCCAAUAUCUGGGCCACCUUAAAUAAGACUUCAUAUGCAAGUUUGACAUACUGUAUGGUGUUCAUAGAAUGAUCAGCGUAUCAAUACAGAUCUUACCAUUGCUUAGUACUGGAAUAACACACAUCCUGUAGGUAGAGCCUUGGAAUAAAACCAUUUCUAGUCCUACGUAUUUGUUUGGUCUAAAAUGGUUGCCUAAGAAUUCAUCUGUAGUUACAGAAAGUGUAUGUUGAUGCAUCCCCACUGUAUGUGCUUCAGACUUUCAGAA